UUUUCAUGUUGUCAUUCCACUGGUGUCUUUAGGUGUUGUCGCUGCUUGCACGUUUGCCUUUUUUAUUUUUAUUUUACCGACCGCGAUGCCCUGGAGUCAUUGGUAUGUGCAGAUGUGGAGACCACCAAGUACCCUUCCCUUUCGUUGCUUUUUCUUACCGCCGUUUCACACUUGUUCUUUUUUUAUUCUUCUUUUCCUCUCUGGGCUCAUGACAUAUACCUUCUUAAAUCUACUUCUUUUCGCCCUUUUUGUUGCAUGCAAUACCAGUCGGUCGCUCCAGGUGUGUUAUCUCUUCACACGUUGUGUUGCCGCCAACUGGACUCGCAAGAAGGGACAUUUUCUUUUCAACUUUUGUAUUUUUUUUUCUUCUCAUCUCUUUUCGUUUGGGGGGUCUUCUUUCUUGCCUCGUUCACUGUUUUUUUUUCACUUUUUUUUUUCACUUUUUUUUCCUUUUCUCGAGCCAAAAAAGUAUCUCGGAUCUCAGCCGUAUCUGCUAUACAAAAACUCGGCUUUCUGUUUUUUCGCUCUUAACUUACCGUGUUUGCAAUCGAUAUGGGAUGUGAUGGGAUGUGUGGAUGUGGUCGGCGGGGCGGACUGGGUGGGGAUGGGAUGGGAUGGGGAUGGGAUGGAAUGGAAUGGUGUUGGGAUUGGUGGAUGGAUGGGAUGGAUGGGGUCCUUUGUUUUUCUACUAUGCUGCCGUUUUACCUAUUGCAAAGUCAAGUCAAGCCAACAACUCAAAGUCAAGUCAAGUUAAGUCAAGUGAAUCAUAACUUAUACGUAGAGUGUGUCUGUAUGUUCUCUGGAAGCUCAGAGGUCGCGAUUGGCAAAAAGCAAGUUCCUG